AUGGCCUCCACUCAACUGAUUUCUAAAAAUUCUAUUGACUUAACCCCUGAGGGUGGUAUAAAUGUGUAUGAGGUCGUCUGGAAUCUUCUUAAGGAGGAUCGCCAGCUCCUCUACGACCUCUUCGAGGCUCUGAGGUCCAUUGAGCGGCAGAGGGCCGAGCGUCCGGCCAAGAAGAACGAGGAGCCGAGGAUAGACACCGGCAGGCUUGAGGAUCUUUUGGACAGGAUCCUCGCAGUUGAGCCGAGGCUGCAGCCCCUCGAUCCUGAAUCGAUCGUCGAGUCUCUUCUGAAGGUGGAACGCAACCCUCCGGAUCCUCUUCCCUGCCACUUCCAGGCCAUGCUUCUCGACCGCGCUCCCGAUGGCGUAACUCUCAGGAACCAUGACAAGGUCUCCCUCAUUCUCUCCUUCCUGGACGUCGACUCGCUCCUUUCGCUUUCUCUCACUUCUAAGAGCUGCCACUACGCCGUGGUCGUUCACAUGAACAAGGAGCUUUACCAUCUUCCGUUUAACCGCGAGCCUGUUUGCACCAACUUAAACUCCUGGAAAAACGUCAUUGAUUUCUUUUUCAAUUCCGCCGGAAGGAUUGUGCCCAUCGAUCGACUCAGCUAUCCUCCUCUGUUUAAACAAAUGAAUGCAGUAAAAUCUUUGUUUCCCAUUUCUUCCGACUCGAUUCUUUCUCACACCUAUGUUACUUUCGACUCCAUCAAGCCUCACUUAAUUGUUUACUGUGACCAUGAUAAGCCCAUGUCGCACACCUGUUCUUCUUCCAAGGCUCUUGACUGGGAUAAUAAGGCCACUACUAAGCUCAUUUCCUGUUCUGAGUUUAUUAUGGAGUAUAUGCAGAGACUUGAGGUGCGUGACGAUCAAUUCGUUUGGGGGUUCGGCUCCGACUCAAUUUCUCCCAAAUUCAUCUGUUUUCUCCUAAAAUGUUAUCUCGAUUCCAUUGUUCGCUGUUUAAGUAAACAUGAGGGUGAGAUUGAAUUUCGCAAGACUGAAUUCAUCGCCAAUGCGAAGCACAGCAUUGUUCACCGCAUUUGGAUUCAGCUUUCUCUCAAGUGGGACUUUCGCUUCGGUCCUCAGCCUCAGAACUCUCUCUAUCUCACAAUUGCCGAUCAUUUUAAACUAGAUGUAUGA